AUGCAACAACCUUCACCUUCCGCUGAGACGGAAGCAUUACUCGCUAGGCUGUCGCAUCGACCGGACGUCCAAAGUACCCUCGUAUUGGCCCGCGACACUGGCGCUAUUGUACGCUCAUCCGGUCUGAUCACGGCAGAGGAUGUCGGGAUGGAAAGCACUGCAUCCACCGAUGGCACAGCGAAUGGUGCUGGCACUGGCGGCGAGACCCUGACAGGCAAGGGCACAAGGAAUGUCGACGAGGUUGCAAAGCUGGUCUGGACAUUCGUAAAGAGUGCCAGUAGUCUGGUGGAGGAUCUGAAUGGCUCGCAUGACGAGGCGAAGCUACUGCGCAUACGGACGAAGAAGAACGAGAUCGUGGUUGUACCAGAUGCGAAGUUCUUGGCUGUGGUUAUACACGACACGCCUCCGGCUUGA